AUGCUCCCUCUAUCGCAAUACCACUUCGAAAUACUGCCCCACGACGAGGCGAGUGUCCAACAAUGGGGUCCCAAAUAUAUCGAAUUCCGCCUGAACGCCCUUAAAACAGCCCCUGACAGUUUCGGGUCAUCCUAUGAAAAAGAAGCAAGCAUGUCCGAAGCAGAAUGGAUUUCAAUACUCUGUGAGCCUGCGUUUAGAGUCAUUAUCGCUGUUCCCCGAGCAGAUGAUGGUGCCCUCCAGACUCCGGUAUGGGAAAAUGAGUGGGCAUUGAUUUCAAGUCUCUACGGACCGCGCUGUCACCAUGAGCCGUACCACGACAAUGAAAAUGACUGUAAUGAAUCGUCUUGGUUCCUAGGAACCUCGUUUGUUUCUCCUCACCACCGGCAACGGGGCAUGAUUCUUGAGGCCUUUGCCACAGCUGAGCGAGUAGCUGUCAGCGAGGACAGACAGACGUUCCAAAAGCGACACAAAGCUCAGCUUCAGCGCCCGUCUGGGCAUCGAUCAAAUCAAUUCCGGACACGCAUGUUGGGCGCGAGUACUACUACCCAUCCCACCAUCUUAAAUUACUACCGAAAAACUGGACUUGAAGUCUCGCAUACCAUCAGGAGAGGAGACAUCGCUCGACUGUGGAGGUGGAAAAUAUCGGUCAGUCCCGAAAAGUUGCAAGGGCUAUCAACUAUUUUGGUGAAGAUAAUUCCAUGGGACGGUGAGGUCAAUUUGGCACGGCUGUAA